AUGAGUCACCUUGUAUUCCAAAACCUUGAUGCCAACGAUGACCAUGACAUAAAUGAUAUCCAUCUGGUUGUAACUGCCCAAGUUGCUGACGAAGUUAUCGAACUGGAAACCGAUGACUUUGUUCCAUCUGAUGCCAUUGCCACUACUUCUUUACCCGAUUAUGCUUGUGCUUAUUGUGGGAUCCAUAAUGUGGAUUCAGUAGUUAAAUGUGAAACCUGUCAAAAAUGGUUCUGUAAUACCAAGAUCCAUUCCAAUAGUUCUCACAUUGUUACCCACAUGGUGAUGUCAAGGCAUACUUGUGUGUCCUUACACCCUGAUUCUGAUUUGGGUGAUACCACUUUAGAAUGUUAUAAUUGUGGAAAUAAGAAUGCCUUUAUAUUAGGGUUUGUUAGUGCAAAACAGGAUUCGGUGAUGGUUAUCCUUUGUCGAUUACCCUGUGCUCAAUUGAAGGAUAUCAAUUGGGAUACAACACAAUGGCAGGCGUUAUUAGAUGAUAGACAAUUUGUGUCGUGGGUUGCUGGCCCACCAACUGAAGAAGAAUUAAUUAAUGCCAGAUUAAUUACAAAUAAGCAGAUCACCAAAUUAGAAGCUCAAUGGAGACUUAAUCGUGAUGCUACUAUUCUUGAUAUUGAAAAAAAUGAAAAUGAAGAAGAAGAUGUUUUACCUAUUUUGAUGCGUUAUAAUGAUGCUUUCCAAUAUCAACGAGCAUUUGCUCCAUUAAUUAAACUUGAAAGUGAUUUUGAUAAGAAUUUAAAAGAAUCUCAAGCUUUAGAACAUAUUCUGGUUUCUUGGGCUUUAGGUUUAAAUAAAAACCAUUUGGCUUCCUUUACUUUAUCAACUUAUGAAAGUAAUAACUUGAAAAUAGCUGUUGGUGAUGAAAUUGUGUUGAGAUGUAACAAUGGCACUCAAGAUGAAGCUUGGUCUGGUCGGGGUUAUAUUAUUCGGUUACCAAGUGCUUACCAAGAAGAAUUCACUUUGGAGUUGAUUUCUUCUGCCACUCCUCCUCCUACCAAUUUAACCACUGAUUUCACUGCAGAAUUUGUUUGGAAAGGUACCUCAUACGAACGGAUGCAGCGUGCAUUAAACAAAUUUGCUGUUGAUGAAGAGUCGGUCAGUAGUUAUAUUUACCACAAAUUGUUAGGACAUGAUGUUGCCCCAAUUGAAUUUGAUACUCGUAUACCUCCUCAGGUAGCCCUUCCUUUAAUCACUGAGUUGAAUCAGUCACAGCUGAAUGCAGUUAAGUUAGCUCUUCAAAGACCAUUAUCUUUAAUUCAAGGUCCUCCUGGUACAGGUAAAACUGUGACUUCUGCUACAAUUCUUUAUCAUUUGUCUCACCUCCAUAAAUCUACACUUCUUAUGUGUGCACCUUCCAAUGUUGCAGUUGAUCACUUGGCCACCAAAUUGCACAAUUUGGGUUUGUGGGUAGUUCGUUUCACUGCUAGGUCUCGUGAAGAUGUGGAAAGUCAAGCAGAGCAUUUAUCUUUACAUUCACAAGUGGAAAGAGGAAGUACAGGUAAGUUGAGGAAAUUGUUUAAACUAAAGAAGGAGUUAGGUGAGCUAUCUGCUGCUGAUUCAAAGACAUUGGCUAAAUUAUCAAGAAUUGAAGAAAGGAAAAUACUUGAUAAAUGUCAUGUUGUUUGUACCACGUGUGUUGGUGCGGGUGAUAAACGAUUAAAGCAUCUUAAGUUUAGAACAGUUUUGAUCGAUGAAAGUACCCAAGCAUCAGAACCAGAAGUAUUAAUUCCAAUCGUUAAAGGUGCUAAACAGGUUAUUUUAGUUGGUGAUCACCAACAAUUAGGUCCUGUUGUCUUAAAUAGAAAGGCAGGUGAUGCUGGUUUAACUCAGUCACUCUUUGAAAGGUUGGUAUUAUUGGGUCACGUACCUAUUCGUUUGGAAGUCCAAUAUCGUAUGCAUCCGUGUCUUUCAGAAUUUCCCUCCAAUAUGUUCUACGAAGGUUCAUUACAGAAUGGUGUGACCAAAGAACACAGAUUAUUGAAAAAAUCUACUUUCCCUUGGCCAGUCAGUGAUACCCCAAUGAUGUUUUGGGCUAAUUAUGGUAGAGAGGAAAUAUCAUCUAGUGGAUAUUCAUAUUUGAAUCGUGUGGAAGCUAUGAAUGUUGAAAGAGUUGUUUCGAAACUUUUCAAGGAUAAGGUUUCUCCUGACCAAAUUGGUAUAAUUACUCCAUAUGAAGGUCAAAGGGCUUACAUUGUUCUGUACAUGGCAAUGAACUCUUCGAUUCCUGAGUUUAAGGAUAAAUACCUUCAAUUGGAGAUAGCAUCUGUUGAUGCUUUCCAAGGAAGAGAAAAGGAUUUUAUCAUCUUAAGUUGUGUCCGUGCUAAUGACCAACAACAAGUUGGAUUUUUAAGUGAUCCUAGAAGAUUGAAUGUUGCCUUAACCAGAGCCAAAUAUGGUUUGAUUAUUUUGGGUAAUCCUCGGGCUUUAUGCAGAAAUGCUUUGUGGAACCAUGUAUUAUUACAUUUCCGGGAAAGGGGAUGUCUCGUUGACGGGCCAUUAGACAACUUGCAAUUUUCUAUGGUUCAAUUAUCAAACCCCAAAGCCAAAAGAGCUGAUGCAGUUAAAAAACUGCAGCACAUUAAAGACGGAGGGGAUACUGAAAGUCUUGCUUCGUUUGCUACAGUUGCUACAGAAACUGAAUGGCCCAAGCUUGGAAUGGAGGAUACAUCCAAUACUUAUUCCAAGUCCAAUAAUCUCAGUUCUAAUUUCUAUUCCAAAUUGAGUAAUUAUCGUCAUGAUGGAGUGGAGAGUCGUAAUGAAAGACCCCAACACCACCAGUCUAGGAAAAAGGUCACUGAUUAUGAUGAGAAUAUGUUAAACAUCACCAACUCAUUUGUGUCACAGUUUUCAUUAUCAUAA